AUGGUCCGUGAAAAGUUGAGACAAUUCUUUGGAAAGCAGCACUCGGAUAAGGACGACCAGAACAAUUUCCAGUCUAUACAAAGGAAUCAAUCUGUGGAUGAUUCUUCAAUCCACCAUGCAUCCGCCUCUGCUAGGAAAGCAGAUCUGUGGCAACGCGCUUUUGAUGACCUCGAGCCCAAAAAUCAACAACUUAUCAAGUCUAUAUUGAUACCAAAAUCGGACAAAACCAACGACUCCAAUGAUGUGAACACCGAUCCCGGUGUCGUGGACCGUUUAAAGGCACUGAAUGGGGUAGUCGAAACCGUGAAGACCCAAUAUGAAAUCGACCAAAGAAAAUCCAGGAUUAAAGAACCAGCCCAAAAGAUCAUUAAGGCUGUUCUUAGCUUUCAGGACCUUAUCAAGGCAGCUGUGGCAUUUGAUCCGACAGGACACGCAACCAGCGUCUGGGCUGUUGUGUCUUUGGGAUUGACUGUAUGCUCGUAUUUUCCCAAUUAA